UUGGCAACAGUGACUGUUGCCGCCGUCGUCGCCAUAUUGCGACGAAGCAGGACGUUCCAUUCGGUGCUUAGCUCAAAUUUCGUCCAAAUUGGACGAUUGGGGGAUUCCGACGUCCCCCGCCUCCUGGUCAUCUCGAUUUCGCCUAGCCUUCCGGCCCCCAUUCCAAAUUAGCACUGGUCUCUUUUAUAGAGCACAGUUUUAUUUCCCGGUGUUUCAAUAUGCAGCUCUUCUGAAUUGUUUCGGCCAUGAAGACCCAGGUAGCUAUCGCAACUCCUUUCGGAGUCGCCACCGCUUGUGCCAGCGCGUUGCCGUCGCCGACGACGGUGUCUGCGUCGUCGCCGUCCAUGCUAGAGUCCCCAGCGAUGGACAAGAAAAAUUCUGCCCGGUCUUCGUCUUCGGCUCCCAAGGGGAACGCCAACAGUGACGCCAAGAGCAAGCAAGAUGGUUCGGGCAACAAGCAGCAGCAGCAGCAGUGGCCCGGUGGUGGCGGUGGUCCUUCAGGAGGAGGCCGCCGUGGGAAGUGGAGUGGCCAGCAGGGGGAGGGUCGUCGACCUGCCCCCCAGCGCAACCGCACGACCCCAGACAAGAGGCCUCAGCCCAAGGGGCAGCCGCCAUCUGCUGCGCAGUCGCCCCAUCAGAACUCACAGGGACAGCGCGGUCAGGUAGCACGCAGCCUGCAGGAUGACUGUGUGGAAGAAGCGCUCCGCAAGGGCAAUCGAAAGGUGAACCUGAAUCACCUGCUGAAGUUCACUCUGACUCCCCGAGAGAGUGAUCACCACCACCACUACUGGCCUGGCCACCACCGCUCCGGCCGGCCACCACCUGCCAAGCACUCCAAGGAGCAGUUCUUGCAGGCCAACUGCCAGUUUGUGGUGCGCGAGGGCACCAUGUGUCGCUGGAAUCCAGACGUGCCCAUUGCCUGGGAGCUGGUGCACGAGGUGCGGGUGCUGCAGCAGCAGAGCACGACCGGCCAGGAGGAGGAGCGCUGUCCGGUGUGCCUCAGCACUCCGCGUGCGGCGCAGAUGCCUCCGUGCGGACACGUGUACUGCUGGUCGUGCCUGCUUCACUACCUGGCCCUGUCGGACCGACCGUACCGGCCGUGCCCCAUCUGCGACCGGGCGUUUUCUGCUCAGCAGCUCCGCAGGGUGGUUCCCCAACCACGAAGGGUCUACCAGCCAGGUGACGAGAUCACCAUGUGUCUGAUGCGUCGCCAGAAGAACCAGCCCGGUGCCCAGCCCAUGCCAGCCGAUCUUUGGAGAGUGGACGACCUGGAGCCCUUUAAUAUUAACAGAGAAGAGCGUCUGACGUGCCACCAGAGGGUCUUGGUGGCGUGCCCUAAGCAGCUGGGCGCCAUGUUGGACCGGGAGGAGUCCGAACUGCGAUCCCAGCUGCUCGAGGAAGGAGACGCCCCCGAGGCCUGCUUUGUGCAAGCUGCCUUGCAGGCAUUGCAGCGACGCCGAGAGGACCUUGAGAAAGAGGUGGGCUCGCUGGAUGUCAACGCCAACAGCCAGGGUGACCAGCUCCCCAUGGUGGACGCUGAGGGCAACAUAGAGGUGCCAGUGUGUGGAGACCAGCGACAGGCUCUGAACAACACAAAUGACUACAACGGUGACCUGGUGCCCGACAUGACAAACAGCCUGCUUUCAGACUCCCCUCAAGUGCGGGGCCGUGAGCGCUGCAUCAGCAGCGGCAGCAGUGGCGCCGAGGACAGCAUAGUCGGUGCAGAGGACUUGGAGAUGCCAGUCAGCACUGCCACAAACGGUGCUGGCAACAACAAUGGCUGCCGUGAGGGUGUCUCUGGAGGCGACAGCUUCUACUACUUCCAGGCGGCCGACGGUCAGCCCGUGUUCCUGCACGCACUCAACGCACGGAUGCUGGCACACGAGUACGGCGCCUUGGAGCUUGCUCCGGUGAAAUUCACGGCACGCAUUGUGGAGAUCGAGGGUGCCUCCAUCGAUAAUGAGCUUCGUAGGCGGCUGCGCUACUUGCGUCACUUGCCACUGACGUGCGAGAUCCAGGUGGUAGAAGUACAGUUGGAGCCACCUGUCAUCAAGCAAGCCACCAUGGAAUACUUUGCACCGGAUGUGGAGAAGCGCCGCCGUCAGCGGUCGCGGAGGGCACGCAAUGAGAAGCGCCAAGACAGGCUACGUGCCAAGGAAGAGAUGCGUCGGCAGGGCUACGGUGGUGGUGCCCGUUACCAGCUAAACAGUGCACGCCACUUCCCAACGUGUGAACCGCUCGGUGGGCCAUCACCAGCUGCUCCUGCUUCCCCUCCACCUCUGCAUUCCUCAUCAGCGGGCUCGGAGAGUUCCAUAGUAACUGUGAGUGAUCCGGAUGAGCAUCGGCAAUUAAUGCUCGGUGGUGCCAACAGCCCUGCAGAGGAGUGUAGGUCGUCGACCCCCGCUGGCAGCUCUGCGAACCGGGUGUCCUUCGCUCAGAUGGUGCAGACGCGUAGCUCGGGUGCGGCAGUUGGCUUUCAACGCAGACUGCCAGCCAAAGAGUCUCCCGUGGCUAGAGCGGCAGCUGGCUCUGAUGAUGAUGACGACGAGGAACGUUGCCCCGUGCCACAGUACCGCCAGUCAUUCAGCCUGGCUUUGGAGGAGGCCCUGAAUGCUGCCGCAGCGGCAUCAGCGGCUGCACAUGCCGACAGCGCUCAGUCACCUGAUGGACAGAAGGGCAAACCCGGAUCUAAGAAGAACAAGAAGAAAAACGUGACUCUGCUGUUCACAACAUCCAUGAAUCGUAGCAAGUAGUGCUCGAAACACACUGCUGGUAUGCGGCAUUUCUUUGCAAGCCAAAAAAAAGACGAGACGAUUGUGUGCCAGGUUAAUUCGGGACAAAUUUAUUGUUUUAAUCUUUCAAGCUCCUUUCAACGAUUUUCAUGACUGUGGGUUCUCCAUAUUGCAAAACUCUUUUGAGAUGAGGCAAGGACCUUCUGUGUGGUUUGUUAGGAACAGAAAAUGUUUUGUGCUUGUUUUCAUGUUUCGUGUUCAGUUAUUUUAGGGGGAAUGUAGGUCGUGGGCAUGAUUGCCAGACUGAAUCGACCCAGUGGAAUGCCAGCAUGGGGGAAGCUAUGUGAUGAAUAAAUAAAACGUGAUUGUUUAAACCCUC